AUGAGCAAACCUGGAAUAGGAUUGAAUAAACUUCAUAUUGUUUUUAUAGAAAAAUCUUUUGGAGAUGAUGAUGAAGGAAAUACAACAAGAGAUUAUUCUGAGAAAACUAUUUUAGAAAAUAAAGUACGAUUUGCUGAUAACACUUUUAUUUGUUUAUUUCAUCAAUAAGAUAAAGUAACUUAAAUUAAAGAUGGUAAGAAGAAAAUUAUGAUUGAAUGUUUAAAAUGA